ACAAGUAAACAAAAACAAAAAGAGAGCAAAAACACAAUCAUCUCUCCAUCUCCAUCUCCAUCUCCAUCUCCCUCACCAAACCUUCUGCACAAAGUUUAAGAUUACAAGGAAGCAAAAUGAAUUUGUGGUAUACCAUUUUCGCAAUUGUCUUCUUUGCAUCUAUACUUGUUGCAAAGAACACAAGAAAAUCAAAGAAUAAUCUACCUCCUGGACCACCAAGACUUCCUAUAAUUGGCAACUUGCACCAACUGGGAUCCAAACCUCACCGCUCCAUGUUCAAAUUAUGUGAAAAAUAUGGACCUCUAAUGUCCCUCAAGUUUGGAAACGUGUCUACCGUUGUGGCCUCAACUCCAGAGACGGUGAAAGAUGUCUUGAAAACAUUCGACCUUGAUUGUUGUUCACGGCCUUACAUGACUUACGCUGCAAGAAUCACAUACAAUUUAAAGGAUCUAGGCUUUUCUCCAUAUAGCAACUAUUGGAGGGAGCUACGAAAGUUGACAGUUACUGAACUGUACGCCGCGAAGAGGGUACAGUCGUUUCAACAUGUGAGAAAAGAAGAAGUCGCAUCGUUUGUUGAUUUCAUCAAACAAUCCGCUUUACUGGAGAACCCGGUUAACUUCAGCCUCAAGUUAAUGACAUUGUCAGGAAGUGUGAUCUGUAGAGUUGCAUUUGGGAUACGUUUUCAAGGGAGUAAAAUUGAGAAUACUUAUGAUGAAGUCAUUCAAGGAAUCAUGGAGGUUGUUGGGAGUUUCGCAGCAGCAGAUUACUUCCCUGUUAUUGGCAAAAUCAUCGAUAGGAUCACAGGGCUACAUAGCAAAUGUGAGAAGGUUUUCAAAGUAAUGGACGCUUUUUUCGACCAGGCUAUAGAACAUCAUUUAGAUGAUGAGAGUAUUAAAGAUGAUAUCAUUGCCUUGCUCCUAGAGAUGGAAAGAGGAGAGCUUGGACUUGGAGGGUUUAAACUUACUCGAAGCCACACCAAAGGAAUACUUCUGAACAUUAUUGCUGCUGGAAUAGACACUUCUGCCCAAACUGUGACAUGGGUGAUGACACAUUUAAUUGCAAACCCAAGAGUUAUGAAGAAAGUGCAAGCAGAAGUGAGAGAAGUGAUCAAAAACAAAGAAAACAUCACUGAAGAAGAUAUAGAACAACUGGAGUAUCUAAAACUGGUGAUCAAAGAAACAUUAAGGAUUAAUACACUUGUGCCACUUCUAAUUCCAAGAGAGGCUUCAAAAGAUAUAAAGAUCGCGGGUUAUGAUAUUCCAAAGAAAACAUGGAUCCAUGUAAACGUUUGGGCUAUUCAUAGGAAUCCAAACGUUUGGAAAGAUCCUGAAACUUUUAUCCCGGAGAGAUUUAUGGAUAAUGAGAUCGACUAUAAGGGUCUAAACUUUGAGCUCUUGCCGUUUGGUAGCGGAAGGAGAAUGUGUCCUGGUAUGGGUAUGGGUUUGGCUUUGGUGCACUUGACACUUAUCAACCUUCUUUACCGUUUUGAUUGGAAGCUUCCUGGAGGAAUGAAAGCUGAAGAUGUUGAUAUUGAGGAAUCAUAUGGACUUGUCUGCCCUAAGAAAAUUCCACUUGAACUUAUCCCGGUCCUUACUCAAUGGACCUAACUGUGUACUUUCUUUUUAUAAUUCAAGAUGUAUGGAUGGACUUGUCUGUCAAUUGAUGAAUACAUUGUUUAGCAUAUUUUAUUUGAUAAGCAGAAUUUUUUUUCUGAA